CUUCUCUUGACAUCAGCAACUGCACCAAAUGAAACAUUUGCACGCAGGCACAUACGCCUUUUGGGUGAACCUCAAUCAACGUCCGCUUGACACAGCAAAAGACUCCAUACUAUAUCAUCAUUCAAAUUCAAAAGCACAGACUGUGUGACUGUUUCAGUCUUCGGCACAAGCUAUCCGUGGCAACGCACUUCCGUGCAGAUCAGUAUAGUAAAGAUGGCUGACGAGCUUGUUUAUCACAAUGGCCAUUAUCACCAUAGGAAAAUAACAAGCCGCGAUCGACAUCGCCCGAAACGAGACGACUGGAGCGUCAUGAAGUUCUGGGACGAGGUGCUCUACAGCGUUGGCGAUUUCUACUACAAAGUGCGCAGACGAUAGAUUUCCGACAUACAUUUGCCACGUUGUGAAUACGAAGCAGAGAGUCUCAUUUUACUGAGUAAUGACUUGAGCAUCGCAUCACCUAGGCGAGAAAAAAAAAUCGAAAAGAAAAAAAGAACAACCUUGAAGCAACAUAAGCCCG